AUGUGCCAGACGUCUCCUAAUUCACAAAGGAAAACAAUGAGAGUAAAUGGAAAUGUUUUCCACACAGUCUUCCAGAGUGAGAAUAAACCAAGGAGGAGUGGAAGAAUAACAAGGCAUAGAACAGACAUAACUACACUUUUGAAAAGGCCAAAGAGAAAAGCUAGUACUGUGCAGAAAGGACGACAAUGCAGACGCCCUUGGAAUGCGAAGAAAGUCACAGAGAAAGAAGACACUGAAGUGAAGUUUGAAUACAACACAUGUAAAAUUGAUACAGCUGAACAUGAGAUUCCAGUUUCAGGAGAUAAGCUUUAUAUCUGUGCUGAAUGUGGCCAAACGUUCGAUGUCUGGUCAACCCUGAUAAAGCAUUUCAGUGUUCACUCUAUUGAGAAACCCUACUCUUGUUCUGACUGUGGGAAGCACUUUACUUACAAAUCCAAUCUUAUCCCUCAUCAAAAGUCACACAAUGGACAUAAGGAUUUUAGAUGUUUUGAAUGUGGGAAGACUUUUUUGCGGAAAUCAUCUCUGGUAAUUCAUGAGAGGACCCAUACCGGAGAGAGGCCCUAUAGUUGCAGUGACUGUGGGAAAAGCUUUUGUGAAGUUGCCAAACUCCGUAGACAUCAGAGAAUCCAUACUGGUGAGAGGCCCUUUAUAUGUGUUGCAUGUGGAAAAUGCUUCAAUGACUCUUCAGUUCUCAACCGACAUUAUAAAAUACAUAUAGGGAACACCCUACGCUGCAAUGGCUGUGGAAAAGGCUUUAUCAAUCCUGCUGCAUACAACAAACACAUUAUAUUUCACAAUCAAAACAACUGGGCAUGUGCCGAAUGUGGAAAAGUCUGUGCUAAUGAAUUAAUGCUAGGUCAACAUCGGGAGAAAAAUCAUGAGCGUGCUGAGUACCAUAAGAGGUUUUCACCUGAUUUCGAUUUGGUCCCACAUCGUAUGACUGCUAGUGUGGACAAACUCAAUGCAUUUAGUGAAUCUGAUGACAGGGUCCUCCACAACUCAGAGCUAGUCACUCAUAAUAUGGAUAAACUAUAUGCAUGUACUAAAUGUGAGGAGAGUUUCUUUCAAAGAUCAAAGCUGAUUGCUCAUCAGUAUAUCCAUAGUGAUGAUAAACUAUAUAAGUGCAGUGAAUGUGAAGAGCGCUUUCUACAGUACUCAGAGCUGGUCAAGCAUCAGAAAGUCCAUAGUGUGGAUAAGCUAUAUAAGUGCAGUGAAUGUAAAGAGAGCUUUCUACAGUACUCAGUGCUGGUCACGCAUCAGAAAGUCCAUAGUGUAGAUAAGCUAUAUAAGUGCAGUGAAUGUGAAGAGAGCUUUCUAGAGUACUCCGAGCUGGUCACUCAUCAGAAAGUCCAUAGUGUAGAUAAGCUAUAUAAGUGCAGUGAAUCUGAAGAGAGCUUUCUACAGCACUCAGAGCUGGUCACUCAUCAGAAAGUCCAUAGUGUGGAUAAGCUAUAUAAGUGCAGUGAAUCUGAAGAGAUCUUUCUACAGCACUCAGAGCUGGUCACUCAUCAGAAAGUCCAUAGUGUGGAUAAGCUAUAUAAGUGCAGUGAAUGUAAAGAGAGCUUUCUACAGUACUCAGAGCUGGUCACGCAUCAGAAAGUCCAUAGUGUAGAUAAGCUAUAUAAGUGCAGUGAAUGUGAGGAGAUAUUCUCACAGCACUCAGAGCUAGUCAGUCACGAAAAGGUUCACAAUGUGGUGACAGAAUACAAGUGCAGUGAUUGUGAGGAAAGCUUUUUAAGGCAUUCAGAGCUGGUCACUCACCAGAAAGUACACAAUACAGAUAAACUAUAUAAGUGUAAUGAAUGUGAAAAGAGCUUCCUGAAGUACUCAGAUGUGGUCAAACACCUGAAGGUCCAUAGUGUGGAUGAACGAUAUAAGUGCAGUGAAUGUGGAGAGAGCUUCCUACAGCACUCAGAGCUGGUGACUCAUGAGAAGGUUCACACUAUAGAUAAACUAUACAAGUGUAAUGAAUGUGAAGAAAACUUCUUGAAGUACUCAGAGUUAGUCACUCACCUUAAAGUCCACAGUGUCAAUAAACUAUAUAAGUGCAGUGAAUGUGGAGAUAGAUUUAUAGAGCACUCAGAGUUAGUCACUCAUGAGACGGUUCACACUAUAGAUAAGCUAUACAAGUGUAAUGAAUGUGAAGAAAACUUCUUGAAGUACUCAGAGUUAGUCACUCACCUUAAAGUCCACAGUGUCAAUAAACUGUAUAAGUGCAGUGAAUGUGGAGAUAGCUUUAUAGAGCACUCAGAUUUGGUCACUCACCAGAAGGUCCACUGGACAGAUAAACUGUAUACUUGCAGUGAAUGUGAAGAGAAAUUCUUGAAAUACUCUGAGUUGGUCACUCAUAAAAAAGUCCACAAAAAUCACAACCAAUAUAAAGGUUAUAAGAGUAGGAAAAACUUAGCAUAUGCAUCAGGGUUUGGAAAAGAUGAGAAAACUCAAACUAAGGAUAAAAAAUAUAAAUGUGAGUGUGGGAAAACCUUCAUACUUAAAUGUCAUUUAAUUAUUCACCAGAGAACUCAUACUGGGGAUAAACCACAUAAAUGCACUCAGUGUGGUAAGACCUUCAUUAAGAAAUCACAGCUUGACGUGCACCAGAAGAUGCAUACAGGAGAAAAGCCACACACCUGCUUCCAGUGUGGAAAAGAAUUUGUGCAUCAAAGCAAACUCCUUAGACACUAUAGAGUGCAUACUGGCGAGAAGCCUUAUAAAUGUGUGGAGUGCGGAAAGUAUUUCAGUGACUCAUCUGUCCUUAACAGACAUAAAAAAAGCCAUAAAACAAGACCAUACAUGUGUCAUGAAUGUGGGAGAACUUUUGUUGAAUUCUCUUUGCUUUGUAAACACCAUAAAACACAUGGGAUAGAGUGA